UCGUGGCGCCAUCGAAGAGGAAAGUUGUGGCGAGAGGGAGGGGCUUAGAUCCUGGCGCUGGCGUAAUUUUGUGAAUCUGGAGUGAUUUUUUUCGUGCUAUUCGUGCUAGAAUCCGGCAUUCAGCGCUUUCUUGUGUAAAUUUUGCUGGUUUCGCAGAGAUCGGUGUGCGUGCUCGUGUAUAUAGAUUUUUUUCCUCUUUCUCGACAGGGAUUUUGGAGACCGUGAUUCAUACUUGCACUGUUUUUUUGAUCGCAAGCUUGGAUUUCAUUCGCGUUUUUGUUCCCUUGCUCCGGUUUUUCUUAGAAGCUUGCACGAAGCAAGCCCCUUGCACGGAGGAGCAGCGAGAGAUUUCUAGUAUCAUUGUUUUACAUAGUUGUGUGUUCUUCUGAUUCAUCAUGGGAAACGCUCAACGGAAAGAGAAGGAUGACGGCCACCACAGAACGUCCAAGGCGGCCUCCAAAGUCGCCACAAAGAUCAAAGAGACUGGCAAGAAGUUAAUCGCCGACGAACCAAAAGAUGACUUUGAGACCAUCCAGAAGGAGGAAAUCAAAGGAAUGGAUGAGCACGAAGAGGAGGGCCAAGAGGAGGAGGUUUUUCACGAUCUUGUCCAGCAACUAGACGGGUUUUCGAUGCCUGUGAAGUCGAGUCCAUCUCGUCGGACUCCAGAUUCGUCAGAGAGAUCUUCACUUCCCUUGUCUUCCAAUGGAGAGAGUAGCAGUGAAGGUAAAGCAAGAUAUCUGGGAGGACUCAAGACCGUCGUGGAGGAUUUCUAUAAGCCUGAGAACGAUAUCAAUAAAGAGCGUGAGAUUCCUGGAAAAGCUGAGGAGUCUCCAGUUGGAAUGUCUAAAGUUGAAGCGGAACCCGAAAGUCCUCAAGGUCAGGAAGUUUUUCAUGAUUUACCCCAACAAGUGGUACUUCCCCCGGAGAGCUUUUCUAAAGUUCCAGCGGCUGACGCGCCCUUGAGCACCGAUGAUUCAAGCAAUGAUCCCAAACACGAUCAAAGUCCACUAUCUGAAGCGAUGGCAAUUGAUUCUCCCGCUGUUGUCUCCGAGGCUCUGAAAGAUGUUCCGCCUGAGGCUCCAACGUCUGAUGACUCGCCAGUUAUGACAGAAGACACCAAAGCUACUGAAGAUACUGGACAGGAUACUAGAAAACACGAAACUACGGAUCAAAACAAGGAAGCCGUCAGUGAACGAGGUAUCGACGACCAACUUAGUCCAGCGGCGGAGAUCGAUGCCAAAGAAGCCCCUCUUCAAGGUGGCGGCGUUCCACCCGAUGUCAUGGACAAAGAAAACGUUCCUCAAGCCAGGUCGGAGUUAGAAAACUUGACAGAUAAACCAUCAGAGGAGAAGGAAGUACCCGAAUCAUUACCUUCGGAUGAAGCUCCCGUAGAUUCGACGGUGGGAGUUGAAGACAAGGCUACCGCUGCGGACGAAAAAGUACCACAGAACAUCGAAACCGGAGGGACAGUGGAAGGAAAUGUUGACGAGCCUGAAGACCAUGUAGCUACUGCUCCAGAGAUAACGGAAGCCAAGCGUGAGAAUGUAGCAGAAAGUGGAGAAAGCGAAGUUAAAGCUGUCGAUCAACCCGAACAGAUACCGGAAGAUAAAACUGAGGCCGAGGUCGAAGAAACCGAACCGAAUGCGGAGGAAACUCUGGCGGCAGAGACAGUCGACAAAGUGCCAGAAAGCAAAGAUAAUCAAGAGAAAACGGAAGAAGUUUCUGCUCAAGCCGAAGAGUUCGAGGCUGCUACACCAGAAACCAUGCAUGAAACCGACAAUGUGUCUAGCGGUGACAAAGAACUGCAAAUGGACGAAGCUCCUCCUCAAGUUGAGGAAAAAGUGGACAGCGAGAGUGCUCCUCAGGCCGAGAUUGUGCCGCAAAUGGAAGAAAAAACGGAAGAAAUUCCAACUGAAGAAGAGACGCCACAGGUUGAAGAUAGCAAGAUUGAGGUUGAGUCAAAGGAUCGUGAAGAACCUGUGAGCGAGGAAACCAAUUUGGACAGUGCCGGUGCUGCGAAAGAACAAGCAGCUCCAGUGAGCUUGCCGGAGGAAACAGGCGCUAAAGCGGCUUCUUCUACUACUCAGCCUGUUGAGAGUGAGGAAAGUACUGCGUUAGAAGACACGACAGUGGCUCUUGACGCUACACCGACUGAAGAGCCUGUGCUAAGUGAAGAAGGAGGCGUCGAGCCUCCUCCAGAAACGGCUGGAGCUCAAGGACCUGAUACUUUGGAGGUCAAGGAAGAGGAUACUCUCGAACCAAACGAAGAGUCUAGAGAAGUUGCACCGGAAACUUUUAAUAUUCCUGCGACAACGGCACCUGAUAUCACGGAGAACUCCGAGGUUACGAGCUCCGCUCCUGACGUCGAAACUGAAGUUUCACCCGAUGCAACAGUUGACGACGCUGCUCCAACCGUGGAAGCUGUUUCAGAUGAGAAGGCUGGGGCUGAACUUGACAGGAAAGAGGACACGGGAGUUGAAACAAGUGUUGAAGCAGCGCCAACUGCCGAGACGCCGGAAGAAACUGGUGAAGAAACUGAACGAACGAAAUCACUAGCAGAUGAGCCUCAAGUUGAAGCGGCGGAAGAACCUGAGUAUCAAGUUCUUGAUGCCAAAGCUGAGCCUCCUAGCGUGGUUGAAGAGAGCACUGAUCAACCAGUGACUUUGGCUGAAGAACCAGCAUCAAUUGAUCGUGAUGUGCAAGAACCAACCAUCGGGACAAUGGGACCAGCCGAGGUUGAAGAACCAGCUCUUGGGACGCCAGAGACAACGACAGUGGAAGAACCAGCCGGGGAUAAGUUGGAGACUAUGGAUGACGCUAUUGGUAAAGAGGACGCAACAGCAUCUGAGCCAGGUUUGGAGGAACCUGUUGAAGGAAAAGCAGAAGAACCAGCAUCAACUGAUCGUGAUCUGCAAGAACCAACCAUUGGGACAAUGGAACCAGCCGAGGUUGAAGAUGAGACGCCAGAGACGGAGAAACCGCCCGAGGUUGAAGAACCAGCUCUUGGGACGACAGUGGAAGAACCAGCCAAGGAUGAGUUGGAGACUAUGGAUGACGCUAUUGGUAAAGAGGACGCAACAAUAUCUGAGCCAGGUUUGGAGGAACCUGUUGAAGGAAAAGCAGAAGAACCAUCAUCAACAGAUCGUGAUCUGCAAGAACCAACCAUCGGGACAAUGGAACCAGCCGAGGUUGAAGAUGGGACGCCAGAGACGGAGAAACCGGCCGAGGAUAAGCUGGAUACUACUACGUCAACUACGGAUGACGCUAUUGGUAAAGAGGAAGCAGCAGCCUCUGAGCCAGCUUUAGAGGAAACUGUUGAAGCAAAAACGGAAGAACAAGAACCAACUAUGGAAACAGCCGAGGUUGAACAACCAGCUCUUGGGACGCCAAAGACGACGACUGUGGAGGAACCAGCCGAGGUUGAAGAACGAGCUCUUGAGCCGCCAGAGACGACGACUGUGGAGGAACCAGCGGAGGUUGAAGAACGAGCUCUUGGGACGCCAGAGACGACGACUGUGGAGGAACCAGCCGAGGCUGAAAAACCAGCUCUUGGGACGCCAGAGACAACGACUGUGGAGGAUCCAGCCGAGGGUAAGUUGAAGGAACCUGCUGAUGGUGAAGCUUCGCAAGAGCCGGUGGAGACACCCCCCGUGGACGAACCAGCUCACGAGCCUGCUGAAGUUUUAGAACAAAAUUUGAAGGAACCCGUGACUGAGGAACCAUCAACUGCUAAGUUGGAGGAAGGUGAAGCUUUGGAAGAGCCAGCGGAGGCACCUGUCGUGGAUGAACUAACUUCUACUCGAGAUGAACCUGUCGAAGUUCCAGAACAAGAUUUGAAGGAACCGGGGGUUGAAACAGUUCAAACGACGAGCGAGGAGGAACCAUCUGCUAAUGUGGAGGAGCCUGCUGAAGUUGAAGCUUCAGAUCCUGUCAAAGUUCCGGAAGAGCAUUUAGAGGAUGAAAUAGCUCCAACCACGAGCAAGGAGGAACCAUCGGCUAAGUUGGAGGAGGCUCCUGAAGAGCCAGUAAAGUCACCCGUUGUGGACGAACCAGCUCCUACUCAAGAUGAACCUGUUGAAGUUCCAGGACAACAUCCAGAAGAACUGGUGACAGAAACAGUUCAAGCAACACGUGAGGAGGAGCCUGCUGAAGUCGAAACUUUGGAGGAGCCCGUUGAGACAUCCCCCGUGGAUGAACAAGCUGCUAUGCCAGUCGAAGUCCCGGAACAACAUGCAAAGGAUGAGACUAGUGAGAAAGAACCAUCUUCUAUGGCCGAGGAGGACGAGCCAGUUGUGGAUGAACCAGCUUCUGCUCUAGGUGAGGCAGUCGAAGUUCCAGAGCAACAUGCAGAGGAUGAGACUACGAGCAAGAAGGAACCAUUGGUGGUGGAGGAACCUGCUGAAGUCACAGCUUCGGACGCAGUUCUGGAUCAACCAGCUUCUACGCUAGAUGCUGAGCCAGUCGAACUUCCAAAACAACAUGCAGAGGAUGAGACUGUUCAAACGACUCGUGAGAAGGAACCACCUUCUAUGGCCGACGAGCCAGUUGUGGAUGAACCAGCUUCUGCUCUAGGUGAGGCAGUCGAAGUUCCAGAGCAACAUGCAGAGGAUGAGAAUACGAAGGAACCGGUGGAAGUUACAGCUUCGGAUGAGUCAGUUGCGAAUCAACCAGAUGCAGAGCCAGUCGAAGUUCCAGAAGAACAUGCAGAGGAUGAGACUGUUGAAACAACGAGUGAGAAGGAACCAUCUUCUUUGGUGGUGGAACCCGAUGAAGUCACAGCUUCGGACGAGCCAGUUGUGGAUCAACCAGCUUCUACUCUAGAUGCAAAACCAGUUGAAGUUCCAGUCGAAGUUCCGGAACAACUUGCAGAGGACGAGACUGUUGCGAGUGAGAAGGAAUCAUCUUCUGUGGUGGCGGACGAGCCAGUUGUGGAUCAACCAGAUGCUGAGCCAGUCGAAGUUCCAGAACAACUUGCAGAGGAUGAAACGACGAGUGAGAAGGAACCAUCUUCUGUGGUGGCCGACGAGCCAGUUGUGGACCAACCAGCUUCACAUCUAGAUGCUGAGCCAGUCGAAGUUCCGGAACAACUUGCAAAGGAUGAAACGACAAGUGAGAAGGAACCAUCUUCUGUGGUGGCAGACGAGCCAGUUGUGGAUCAACCGGCUUCUACUCUAGAUGCUGAGCCAGUUGAAGUUCAAGAACAACAUGCAGAGGACCAGACUGUUGAGACGACGAGUGAGAAGGAACCAUCAUCUGUGGUGGCGGAUGAGCCGGUUGUGGAUCAACCAGCUGCUACUCUAGUCGAAGUUCCAGAGCAACAUGCAAAGGAUCAAACGAGUGAGAAAGAACCAUCUUCCGUGGAGGAGCCUGUUGAAGUUGACGAGCCAGUUGUGGAUGAACCAGCUCCUACUCCAAAUGAGCCAGGCGAACUUCCAGAACAACAAGCAGUUCCUGAAACGGUUCAAACGACAAGCGAGGAGGAAGCAGCUGCUAAGUUAGAGGAACCUGCUGAAGACACAGCUUCAGAAGAGCCACUACUUGAGACGCCAGCUGUGGAUGAACCAGCUAAUGAGUCUGUUGAAGUUCUGGAACAGGCUGAAGAGGAAACAGUUGCUCAAACACCAAGUGAGGAACCAGAACCAGCUGUGACUGUGGAAGAGCCCGGGGAACAAGAAGCAGACGAAAGAGCUCUUGAAACACAGGAACCAGUAACGAGCAAGGACGAGCUCGAUCCAGCGGUCGUGAUGGAUGAUCCAGUGGAGGUUCCUGAAAAACAAGUAGACGAACCAGCCAGUGAGACACAGGAGCAAGCUGAAAGAACUAGUUUGGAUGAACCAGCUGCAGAAUUAACCAGUGUGGAUGAGCCAGUUCCUGCAAUGGUGGAGCAUUCUGAAGGAACUCCUGUGCCACAAGAAGCAGUCCAAACUACGAAGCUGGACGAACUAAAACAGGAGAUUCCGGAAAAGCACGAGACAAUCAACAAUGAAACACAGGAACUGGAAGCAAAGGAACCGGCUGCCACGACGGAAGAUGACAAAGCUCUUGAAACAGAAGCAGUAGCUCAAGCAGAUGAACCAAUGGAGGAGCCUGCAGAGAAACACGUAGAGGACGACACACGGGAACUGGCGGAUCAAACGACUGGUCUGAACAAACCAGCUGCUGAAAUGGACAAGCCUGCUGAAGCACAGGAGGAGGAAAGAGCUCUAGAGAUACAAGAGCCAGAACAAGCUGUUACACUUCCUCCACAUGAACCAGCUGAGGAGAAGCUUGUUGGAACUGCAGAAGAGAAUGCUGCUGGAGUCGUGGAGACGCCUGGAGAACCCAAGGAAGUGUCGCAUCAAAAUGUGGAUGAGACAACAGCCGAGAGUUCCAAAUCUCCCACGGAAGAGUCUACUGAAACACCAAGCACAGAAGAACAACCAGCUUCGGUAGAGGAGGAAAAAGUUGGCGAACAAGUUAUAUUCCCAGAAGGUGGCGAGAGCACAGACGCUGCAUCAAUAGAAGAAUCAAAUCCUGCUGCAAACAUUGAAGCGGCGGUGGAAGACCCAGCGGAAACUCCCGAAGCUGACAUCAAGCCACUGGAAAAACUUGAUGCACCAAGCCUGGAAGUAGCCGGAUCUGAAGAAGCUGGAACCGGAGACCGUGCAAUGCCGGAAAGCCAGCCACUCAUUACAGGUGAUCCCGCGAAGGUUGAAACCGUGGAACCCGAACCAAUCCCUGGCAAAACCGAGACACCACCAAGCCUCGAGGAGACUCCACUGAAUGCCGAGGAACAAGAACCAGUUGAGAAGCCAGAGAAGAUUGAAACCACUCCGAAAGACAAUGAAGUACCAGCGGCCCUAGAGCCGGGACAAGCUGAUGAGAAUCCAGUCGUGGAAACAGCGCCGGAUGAGGUUGAGAAAGCACCAGCAGAUAGUACACUAGAACAAAGUACACCAGAACAAAGUGUGGAUCAGACAACAAUAGUUGACCUUGGCGAGAAGUCAACGGAGGAAGUAAACGCACCAAGUUUGGACGAUGAACCACAAGCGACCGAGGUGGAGAAUUUAGCAGCUGUAGCAGAAGAAGUUCCUGCCAAGGAAGAAGAAGAGAGUACAAUGUCAACGGCCGCUGACCCUGAAAAGGUGGAAGAACUGACUUCAAACCCAAAGUCAAUUGCAGAGGAAGCGCACGAGAAUGAGAUGCCAGCAGAACCUGAAACCAAAACCGAACCUGAAAGCAAAACCGAAACUGAAACUACGAAAGAAUCUCAGGAAGACAAGCCCGUUGACUCUGUUGAACCAGCCCAUCACGAAACAACCUCGGAAACAAAACUAUCAGAUGAAACAGCAAAAGUAGAACCAAGCAGUUGAUCGCAUGACAAAACACAGAGCCAAUAUGAAAUAACUGAAAACGCGAAACAGCUCUCUCUACGGAGAGCUUCCAUGGUUUGGAUAAGAAGCUCUGUACAUACAGUUAUAUAGUAUAAAGAAAAUUGUGUUUGGUUGA